AUGUCUGCAUCUGUUCGUGCUCUCGAGUUUUUUUCUGGUAUCGGCGGCAUGCACUUUGGACUUGAAUGGGCAGCAAUUGAUGCAAAAGUAGUUGCUGCAUUUGACAUUAAUCCUCAAGCAAAUGCAUGUUACAAUCACAAUUUUGGACUCGAACCAGUUGAAAAAAGCAUUCAGGAUUUAAAUCCCAAAGAGCUAGAACGAUAUGAUGCAAACUGUUGGUUAAUGAGCCCUCCAUGUCAGCCAUACACACGCACUGGGAAGCAGUUGGAUGACAAGGAUGCACGGGCUCAAGGUUUUCUGUUUCUACUGGACACAUUAUCGCAAAUGGCGUCUCCUCCAAUGUAUAUAUUUAUUGAAAAUGUUGCCAAUUUCGAGCAAUCAAGAACCAGACAAAAGCUAAUUGAUAUUUUGAGCAAGCUCGACUAUAUUUAUCAAGAAUGGUUACUGAACCCUGUACAGUUUGGAAUUCCAAACGAUCGUCCCAGAUACUACUUGACUGCACGAAAACAGGAUCGCACCACACUCCCAGACUCGCUUCUCCAACCAAACCUAUUCUAUGGCAGACUGUCAAGAUCAUGGAUGUUUGAGCCACCAUUUGUAGUAGGAACACUCACAGUUGGCGAGUUUCUACAAAAUGAUAUUUUGUGCAACGAUCCAGUUUUUAAAAUACCAGAGCGGCUUCUCAGGUCAAGGGGAUCGUUUGACCCACUAGUAAUUGCCAAACCAUCUCAUACUCGAACGUCGUGUUUUACCAAGGCGUAUGGUCACCAUGGAGUAGCCUCGGGUGCAUUUUUACAGACACGAGGGUUUGAUCAAGACGAAUCGGUUUUAUUGAAUACACAUGAAGCAGUUGAUAAACUUGGAUUACGACUAUUCACCUCCAUCGAAAUUGCUCGACUACAUGGAUUUCCGAUUGAUUUGAAAGCACCUCAAUCGCCUCAUAUCAAUCUUUCUGGUACUCACUUGCACUUAUUUUCGUUUCCAAAAGAUAUUUCGACUCGGCAACAGUGGCGAGUUCUUGGAAACUCCAUGUGUGUCAUUGUAGAUUGCUGUUACCGGCUAGGAUUACACAAUUGCAGACUAAACAUCAUUUGGCAAGGUGGACCAUUUACUAGCAACUCAAGCAUGCCAUAUGCCUUUUUGAAGACAUCGACUACUCCGGUCAUCUUGACCAACAAAACACUCGUCGAGAUUUUUAGCCACAAAACUCUAGUCGUAACCUUUUUAGCAUAUACAGCCAUUCAGCUUCUUGUCUACUUUUUAUGCACCAAGUUUAUAUUUCCAAAAAACUUUAGUACUGCCAAACCAAGAGCAUGGAUACUCUCUGCCAUGUUUGCAGCGAUUUCAACAGUCCUUUCUAUCGGAUACACCAUUGAACUUGUUCAAUCAGACCUCAACUACAACAUAUAUGAAACCUUUGUUUCCAAAGUGUAUGGUGGCAUCUUUAGUUCAUUUUUAAUUCUCGAUCUAGCAUUGGGAGUAUUUGCCUAUCCGUCGCAAAUCCAACUGGGCACUGGCUGGAUUCAUCACACUAUCUACCUCUUGCUGAUGAUUGAGUUUGAUCGCAGAGGGAUUGGGCCCGUCAUGACUCCUGCUGGGGUAAUGGAGAUUCCAACAUUGUUACUUGCUAUGGGAAACAUUGAUAAACGAUUCAAAACGGAGCUUGGAUUUGGAAUAACUUAUCUACUAACAAGGAUUUUAUUCCAUGCAUACUAUGUUGUAAUGUUGUAUCGUAUUAUGCCCACAACAUUGUAUUGGGCAUUGAUGCUUAUGCCUUUUCCAAUGCAUGUGAUGUGGUUUCGAGGCUGGUGCAAACGGCAGAGCAGACUUGCUCAAUCGGCAAAACCCAAUCAUAAACUUGAAUAAUAAACUUGUUUGAGUAUAUACA